GUUACAUAUUCCUUCCUUGAUUCUCUCUCACCUUCGCCCUCGAGAAGUUAUUGCUUUCCACCACCUGUAGCUUUUGCAUCCACCUCUUGGCCUGCAGCCCGCUGCAUGCAGUCCACCCUGCAGCACGCGCUGCCAUUCACAUGUCCACACUCCACACAGCUCCAUAAAUCGGCGACAUCCAGUUCAAUCAGCAGUUGCAAGCACAAGUCUCCAAAAUGCACCGCCCCUUUCUCCUCCUCCUCGUCUGCGCGGUCGCAGUCGCAGCCACCUCGCUCUCCGCCGACACCGCCAUUGCCCAGGGCCAGAGGUCAUGGGCCGAGCUCAGCGGGCGGGACAACUGGGACGGCCUCCUGGACCCGCUCGACGCCGACCUCCGCCGCGCCGUCAUCCGGUACGGCGAGCUGGCGCAGGCGACCUCGGACGCGUUCAUCGCCGACCCGGCGUCGCCCUACGCGGGCGCGUCGCGGUACGCGCCGGGGGCGUUCCUCCGCCGCGCGCAGGCGGGGCCCGGCGCGGGCGCGUACCGCGUCACGAGGUUCCUGUACGCGACGUCGGGCGCGCGCCUCCCCGACGGCUUCCUCACGCGGCCGGCGCCGCCGGGGGCGUGGAGCGCCGAGUCCAACUGGAUGGGGUACGUGGCCGUGGCCACGGACGCCGGCGCGGCGGCGCUCGGGAGGCGGGACAUCGUGGUGGCCUGGCGCGGGACGAAGCGCGCCGUGGAGUGGGCCAACGACCUGGACAUCACGCUGGUGCCGGCGGCGGGCGUCGUCGGCCCGGGCCCCGGGUGGUCGCAGCCGGCGGUGCACCGGGGCUUCCUGUCCGUCUACACGUCCCGGAAUUCCACGUCGCGGUUCAACAAACAGAGCGCCAGGGAACAGGCGCUGGCCGAGAUUAGGAGGCUGCUGGACGCGUACAAGGGCGAGAACUGCAGCAUCACGCUGACCGGCCACAGCCUGGGCGCCGCGCUCUCGACGCUCGCCGCCAUCGACAUCGUCGGCAACGGCCUCAACGUCCGCGGCGCCAACGACACGGUGCCCGUGACGGCCAUCGUCUUCGGCAGCCCCCGCGUGGGCGACGACCAGUUCCAGAAGGCGUUCGAGUCGACGCCCGGCGCCCGGCUGCUCCGCGUCCGGAACGCGCCCGACGUCGUGCCCACCAUCCUGCCGGCCGCCUUCUACAAGGACGUCGGCGUGGAGCUGCUGCUGGACACGCGCAAGUCGCCGUAUCUCAAGAAGCCCGGGCCGGGCCCGGGCGCGUGGCACAACCUCGAGUGCUACCUGCACGCCGUCGCGGGCACGCAGGGCGCCGGCGACGCCGCCGGGUUCCGCCUGGAGGUGGACCGCGACCUGGCGCUGGUCAACAAGGAGGUGGACGCGCUCGCGGACGAGUACCCCGUGCCGGCGGCGUGGUGGGUGGAGGGGAACAAGGGCAUGGUCAAGGACGGGAGCGGGCGGUGGGUCUUGCAGGAUCACGAGGAGGGUAACCUCGCCAUGUGAUGACUUUUGGUUGGUGACUUGCGGGUAGAUAAUGCAGCAUGGUAAUUUUAGAUUCUAUUUGUUUUCAUCAGCUUUCUUUAAGCUCCUGUCACAUAAAAAAAAUCUUACCAUUUAGCAAUAUCAAAUAAAAUUUAUUUAUAAAAUUUUUUUGA